GGAAGCUGCUGCAGGCUCUGCGGAGUCCACUGGGGUAGAAGCUGUCAGCACUCUGUAUCAUGACUGUUAACAAGAUGAAAGAAGAGCAGCAUCCUUUUCUAGAUACAUUUGAUGAAGAUGAGACUGAGAAAAAUUUUAUGUUGUCCAAGCCUGUUUGUUUUGUUGUAUUUGGGAAGCCAGGGGUUGGGAAGACAACUUUGGCCAAUUAUAUUACACAGACAUGGAAAUGUAUUCCUGUAGAAGCUUUACCAGUUUUGGAAGAAUUGAUUGCCUCUGACACCCCAUCAGGAAACAUGUUGCAAGCCAUGCUACACAAAGGACACAGCAUCCCAGAUGAAGUCAUCAUAAAGCUCCUCUUGGAGAAGCUCAACUCCCAGCAAGUGUCACACUUUGGUUAUAUUAUUACUGAAAUACCAUCACUUUCAGAAGAUACCUUGACUAUUCGACAGCAGAUAGAAUUCAUUAAAAAUUUAUAUUUGAAACCUGAUAUCAUAAUUAAUAUUAAGUGUCCGGACCAUGAUUUAUGUAACAGAACUUCUGGACAAAGGCAGCACAGUAUGACAGGGCACCUCUACAUAAGGGACCAGUGGGAUCUUGAUGCCAUUGGGAAGCGUAAGAAGAAGAGGAAAGGAACCCCGAAAGAACAAAAAGCAGAAGAGGAAGGGGAAGAGGAAGAAGAGCAAGAAGAAGAGGAGGCACUUCUUGCUGGAAUUCAGUUGGUGGCUGGAAUUAUUCAACAUCUAGUUCAGAGACCUGAAGAUUAUAUGGAAAAUAUUCAGCAAGCUAUUAAGAUUUAUAAGGAUACAACUCUUCCUUCUCUAGAGGAAAUGAUGGCUGAACAUAAUUCCCAGUAUCUUAUAGAACUAGAUGGAAAUAGGUCCCCAGAGGAGCUCUUCAUGGUAAUUAUGGAUCGACUUAAGUAUCUGAACCUAAGAAGAGCAGGUGUUAUAGCCAAACUUCAGAGUUCAGAGGAGGAAAUGAAUUACACAUUGGAUACUGAAGAAAUGCUCCGUUCUCUUUCAUCUUAUAAACUUAUAGCACCAAGAUAUCGAUGGCAGAGAAGCAAAUGGGCACGUACAUGCCCAGUGUCUUUGAAAGAAGGCAACAUUCAGACCGGAUUGCCAGACUAUUCUGUGAGUUUCCUAGGUAAAAUGUACUGUCUUUCAUCAGAAGAAACACUAAAAACAUUUUUGUUGAACCCACGCCCCUAUCUUCUUCCACCGAUGCCAAAACCACCACUUAAAAUUUUUAUAUUUGGACCUCACUGUUCAGGGAGAACAACACUUAGCCAUUUCCUGGCAGAACAUUACAACAGAUGGGUAAUUGACUACAACCAACUUGUUAUACCACGUUUUGAAAAAGCCAGGGAACUGCUAAUAAAAAAUACGAUCAGUGAAACCACAGAAAGAGCUAUUGCUCAUGUGAAAGAGCAGCUUAUAGCGCGACUACAUGCUGACAGUAAAGAAUCAAUGCUAGGCUUAAUAGAAGACGUAACUGCAGAUCAUCCAGACGUUGUCUCUAUGAUAGCAGAGUCUAUACAAAUGGCACACAAUAUAAAUUUUGAACAACCAAAUGAAAAGUAUGCUGACAUAUUAGCGGAAAUCCUCAAAGAAGUAGAAGAAGAAAACAUGAUCAGGUAUCCUGAUGCUACAAAAUAUGGAGGCUGGAUUCUGGACAAUUGUCCAGUUCUGAAAGAACUGUGGAUUUCCUUCAUCGAUAAAGGAAUUAUACCUGAUUUGGUCAUUGUUUUAUCAAAUAUGGAAAACAAUGGACAAUGUUUAUUAAAUAGACUAUAUUUUCAGAAUAAGUAUGAAAUUGACUUCAAUAUUCUAGAAAGAUUAACACAAGAAAUGCUACUGAAGAAAAAAGAAGAAGAGGAAGCAAAAAAAGUUGAAGAGGCACUUAGGAUACAAGAAAAUAAAAAAGAUUCAGAAUUAAUGAAGAAAUCAAAAGGCAAAAAUCUUGGUAUGAUUAACGACCUAGACGAAGCUGAAGCUGAGGUGGAAGCAGAUGCUGAAAAUGAGUUUGAAGCAAAAUUAUCCAAAAGCCUUGUGACAGCUGAGGAGGCUAAGGGGAUACCAGAAGAGUCUGAACUGACUGAGAAUGCUGAAAUAACCAAUGAAUCAGCUGAAGCAGAAAUUCCGAAAGGUUCUAAGGAGGACCUGGAAACUGAAGAUCAAAAUAUUACAGUUUCACUCCCUGAGUUUCCAGCAGAUGCUUAUCCUGAUGUACCUGAAAUGGAGCCACUUAAAGAGAAAGUUAAAUAUUUCAUCAAUUACUGGAAGUUUAUGGAACCUGUGAUAUUAGAGCAUUCUCAGCUUCUAAACCUGGAAAUCGCUGGCAAAACUCCAGAGGAACUAUUGCAAAAAGUUGUUGAUACAAUAGAAAGACCUUUUCAAUAUUCUGGGUGGGAAUUAAGUAUGGAAGAUUUUGAAGAAGAAGCAGAAGACUAUCAGGCUGAAGCGGAAGCUGAAGAGGAUGAAGGAGAAGAGGAGGAGGAAGAGGAAGAGAGUGAAGAAAAAGCUAAAGAGAAAAGAAGACAUUUGGGAGAUUCAAAGCAUUUUUGUCCAGUGGCUCUCAAAGAAUAUUUCAUUCUACAGCCAGGCAACACAGAGGAUGCAGUUAAAUAUCGAGAGAAGAUCUACUACAUGUCAAGUGUUGAAGCAAAAGAAAAGUUUUUGGAACAUCCUGAGGAGUAUGUGGCUCACAAAGAACCAUUAAAGGCUCCUCCUUUAAGAAUAUGUUUGUUGGGCCCUCAUGGCUCAGGCAAAACUGUCUGUGGAAGAAAAUUAGCAGAAAAAUUUGGCAUUUUUCACAUUCAGUUUGAAGAAUUUCUCCAAGAAAAACUAAUGCUCAAAACUGAAAAAAGAGCUGGGCCCGAAUUUGAGGAAGAGUCUGAUGAUGAACAAGCUUUUAGACAAGAAUUCGAAGAGCUUGCAGCUCAAGCUCAUGUUACAAUUAAGAGAAGCAACACAAAGAAGCCAAAGCCUGUAGAUGUACAGCUUACUGAAGAAGAAGAAGCAAUCAAGGCAAAUAUAAUGGAAAAUGAUCCAUUGCCUCCUGAGAUUCUUGAAAAAUUCCUCUCUGAGUGGUGGUUUCAGGAACCAAUACGUUCCACAGGUUUUAUCUUAGACGGCUUUCCACGAAAUAUUGAGGAGGCCCAGAUUCUGGGGGAACAUGGUUUUUUCCCAGAUGCUGCUGUUAUUUUGCAAGUUGAGGAUCAAGAUAUUUCUGAUCGCCUUCUUCCUGAGCUAAUUAAUAAAUGGAAACUUAAACAGAAAAAGAAAUUAGAAAGGAAAAAUCUCAUCAAAGAAAUGAAGACAAAAAUCAGGAAUGAUAUGAUUUCUAAAAGAAGGGCAGAACUUUUAGCAGAGAAAGAAAAGAAAAGGAGAGAGGAACUUGGUAGAGACGAUGAUGAAACAACUGAGGAAGAGCCAGACGAUGAUGAUGAUAUUGAAAAUAUCCUGGAAGAUGAGUUUCCAAAAGAUGAUGACGAUUUAAAUGAAGAAGAAGAAGAACAGGAAGCUGAUGCAAUUGAUCGUCUGAGAACUGAAAUAGGAGAAAAGUUUGAGAUAGAUAUGGGUAAUAUGCAAAUGAUACAGGAAGAAUUUGAGAAGCUUCUGGUACCAGUAAUUGCCAUUAAUGGAGCCCGGAAAAUCCACAUUGUUGAAUAUAUCUUAAAUACAAAACUGAAGCCACUGGUAGAAAAUCGGGCAAGCAUUUUUGAGAAAUGUUAUCCAAUAUCACCAGCCCUUGCUCAGAAAAUGAUCAAUUUUACCUACAAGCAUGUCAGUUCUUUUGGCUAUUGGGACCCUGUGAAGCUCAGUGAAGGAGACACAAUCAAGCCUGUUGAAAGAUUAGAGAAUCCACUGUAUCCUGUAAUCCAUCGUCAGUAUAUUUAUUUUUUGUCUAACAAGAAAAAUAAAGAAAAAUUUAUGAAGAACCCAAUCAAAUAUAUCCGCCAACCUGAGCCUAAGCCUACUAUGCCCAUUAGGAUCGCAAUUGUGGGGCCUCCAAAAUCCGGGAAAACUACAGUUGCCCAAGCUUUUGCAAAGGAGUACGGCUUAAAGAGUUUGUCCAUGGGAGAUGCUCUGCGGUACAUAAUAAACAACCAAUCCGAAACGGAGCUGGCGCAGGUGAUAAAGUGGCAUCUUUAUAAAGGAGAGACAGUACCAGACGAGUUAGCGAUUCAAGCCCUAGAAAUAUGUCUGAUGGAAAGUAUCUGCAACACUGCAGGUGUUGUUAUUGAUGGGUACCCUGUCACUAAACAUCAAGUGAAUAUCUUGGAAGCCAGAUCAAUCAUCCCCAUGGUCAUUUUUGAGCUGGAUGUGCCCCUUAAAGAAAUUUUUAAAAGAUUGGUGCUGCUGAAAAAAAAGGAGCCAAGUAAUCUACCCUACCCACUACACAACAGUGCACACAUCACAGCUGUCAAGGACACAAAGUAUCACAAAAAUAUUCCUGAUAUUAAGCAAUUUUAUGAACAACAACAUCAGAACUGGCGUGUAAUUGAUGGAUUUCACAGUAAGUGGUGGGUAUGGAAUGAAGUCAUGAAAGCUACUCAAACGGUGAAUAAACAUAUACAGACAUACCUGGGAAGAAUAAAGGCAGGAAAGGCUGCCCUCAUUGACAAGUUAUGCAUCUCACCUCAAGAAUUAAUUUCUCGCCUGGGUGAAUUUGAACAGUUCUGCCCUGUCAGUUUGGCUGAUUUGGGUGAAUUAGUUGAUUGCUCUCUAACUGACUCACUGGAAUUUGCCGCAGAGUUCAGAGGGCACUAUUAUAAAAUGAGUUCUAGAGAAAACCUGAAUAAAUUUUUGGAGAACCCAGAACUUUAUGUGCCUCCAUUAGCCCCUCAUCCUCUCCCACCUGCCGACAUGAUCCCCAAGCAGCUGACGUUGUCAGAGCUGAAGAAGAGAUUUCCAAAAUGUGCAGAACUGCAGGGCUACUGUCCAGUGACCUACAAGGAUGGAGAGCAAAGAUAUGAAGCUCUGGUACCUGGUAAUGUUAACUAUGCUGUAGAGUAUCGUGAUCGUAUAUAUAUUUGUGAGACUAAGGAGAAACUCCAGAAAUUUUUGAGGCUGCCAGAGAAAUACUGGGAUCAGACGCUUCCUAACAAACUUCCCCCUUUAAAGGAACCAAUAUCACUGACUAGUCUACCUUUGCCUGGAUAUUUGGAACAGGGUGCUGCCUCUUCUCUAAUUAAAGCAUUGAAUGCAGCAGGAUGCUUAAAGCCCAAAUACCCCUUCUUAAGUGUAAAAAGAUCUGUGCUACUAUAUAUAGCACUUCAUCUAAAAGCCUUUAAUCCCAAAGGUUCUGAAUAUUCAAGAAAAAUAUAUAAAAAGAAGAUGGAGCAGUUUGUGGAAAGAUGUGAACUCAUCACAUACCUGAAUUCCAAGAUGACUAAAAAUUACAAGGAGCCUGAAUUUAGACCCAUUGACUUUGAUUUUAAGUUAGAGACCUUUAUGUCUCUUAGAAAUAGAGACCCUAUUAAUGAUACAGCCUGA